AUGAGCUUGAUGAAAUCAUACACUGUAAACUAUAGCUAUAUUAGUGAGUUUGAGAAAAAUUUUGAUUACAAACUAACGACAAAAUGGAUGCAUGAAAACUGGAUCACAUCAUUGUAUUUGAUUAAUAUAUAUAUUAUUGUUAUAUUUAGUGGCAAACAAUUGAUGAAAAAUAGAGAUCCUUUUAAACUUCGGCUACCAUUGGUUGUAUGGAAUCUAUUUUUGGCCAUUUUUUCCAUUACCGGUACUCUCAGAUUAUUACCAGAGAUUGUAUACAUAUUGCGAGAACAAGGAUUAGUUGAAUCCGUUUGCAAUAAUGGAUACAUAACCCGAGUGUCUGUGUCUUCAUUUUGGUCAUGGAUUUUCACAUUAUCUAAACUCAUUGAAUUGGGUGACACAGUGUUCAUAGUUUUACGUAAACAACAACUUAUAUUUCUUCAUUGGUAUCAUCACAUAACGGUUCUUGUCUUCACUUGGUAUAUCUACGGAGAAAUUGGAUCAAUUGGUCGAUGGUAUCAAUUUAAUAACUAUUGUGUUCACUCUCUUAUGUAUUCAUAUUAUGCAUUCAAAGCAAUGAAUAUAAAGAUACCUCGUUUUAUAGCAGUGUUUAUAACGAGCUCUCAAAUAAUACAAAUGAUAUUUGGAUUUUCUAUAACUUUGUAUGCAUUUAAUAAAAUCUUUGCGAAGUGA